AUGAAGGAGGACACGGAGCUAGACCCGACGUCACGCGAAGCGCUCGAAGGAAGAGAAGACGCCGGCCGGUCCAGGACCCAGUCUGACCGGACGCACAACCGGGCCGCCCGUUUUGGUGUUGUUUUCAUCAAGAACAGAGAAGUUCUUCGUGAUGUUCAUCCCGAUUUCCUUGGCCGCCGGUCAACGCCGCGCCGCUCGCCUCGCAUCCGCAACAGCCUCCGCUGCUCCUCACCACACCUUCCGCUCGGGCCCUGCCCAUCUCCCCACGCCGCCGGCCACCUAGCAACAGCCCACGCCGGCACCUGCAGACUCCCCAAGCGAGCGCCGCCUCCGCUCGACCACCGCGCGCCCUUGCCGCUCGCCCACGCCACCGCCGGGCCUUCCCCUGCCGCCAACCACCGAGCCGCCGUCGACUCCCCCGCCGGCAGCAGGCCAGGCCCCAAGCCGCCGCGCGCCUACACCCAACCACGCCCGCGCCUCACCUGCCCCGGCCCCGCUCUCCCCGCGCACUGCCCCGAGUUCCCGUUCGGACAGGCCGCCUCCACGCACGCGCGGCACUGCCCAAGCCGCCGCCGCCCCUGGCUCCCGUCCGGCUGCCCGACCCGCGCGCACGCUCCUCCUUCGCUCGGCCUACCGCUCGCCCCGCCAAAGAGCCACCAACCGGAGCCAAACCGGAUAACAUUUCCUCUGACCGGCCCCAAACCGGCCCCAAACCGGAAAUCCAGCUCGGACCGGAGCGAAACCGGGCGGCAACCGGAUGAUGUAAAUUUAAUGACCACAGAGAAUCUCUGA